GCAGGCGAAUGUGUUAUUCCUUCCCAAGACGAUGUCCCUUUCGUACCUUGAGAACUACGAAGCAGUGGAAUACGGCCGUUUCGGAGACCUUUUCGCGAGUCCUAAUAUUCUUCAGGUUUCCAGCAGCUCCCACGACCACAGCUUUAACCAAGACGAUGAGCAACUGGUGUACAACGACAGUCCGAAUCAGCAUUCAGUGACCCCGAAGAGGUCAGAUCUUCAACGAGGGCGUCCGAGAGCAGAUGCCAUCACGAACUUGAUAAUCAAGGGAUCGAGUUCAAAGAGCAAUAUCAAAUGUCCUGUUUGCACUCGCGUUUUUCCGCGGGAGAAGAGCCUUCAAGCCCAUCUCCGUACUCACACAGGUGAGAAACCAUAUACAUGUGAUUACCCGAGCUGCACGAAAUCCUUCGCACAAAGUGGACAGCUCAAGACCCACCAGAGACUACAUGCGGGAGAGAAGCCCUUUUGCUGCACCGUGACGGGUUGUGACGUCAGGUUCACCCACGCAAAUCGCCAUUGUCCUCAACACCCUCAAGCUGGUCUCAAGCGCUCCAAAGACGUGGUUCUUCAGCCCACGAUUUCCUCAGGCCAGAACCGGGAGGAGGUCUUGGUAUGGCUCGAAAAGUAUCGCCAAGAAAGAGAGUUGAGCAACGCCUUCGGAGACAAAUCGGAUGCGGAAAACGAGCCUGGUGUGAUCUGCACAACCCCAGCGGCACCCCGGAAACUGAAAAGCCGGAAAGAAGACAUGAACGAGAAAUUCUCUUCUUGUUUCACUCCACCACGCUCAAAGCCACAAGACGCGGAAAACAUCCCGCAAGAAAACUCAUCAACUCCGGUCAGAUUAGACCGCAAACGCUUGCCUCUGUCCCCACUCAAGAUAAGCUCCAACAACGCGAACCAAGUGCCUGCUGACGAACGCAAAUUCUGCAUGCCGAAAAAGCGCUGGCUUCGAGAAGCCAGUCGGCAAAUGGCGCAACAGAUAUCCAACACGGUGGUGAAGCAGGAAAUCAAAUUCGACAGUGACGCGGAGAACAAUGCUCUGUGUAAUUUGCCGUCUUUCUCUACGACUUUCGGGGGAUACGAUGUUAUCCCUGCCCCGAUUCAGCCGCCCAUUAAGUGCGAACCUGUGACUUUGAAUAGAGAGUGGAUGUCGCCGGAUCCGAACAAGAUGCUCGGUGCCAUGGCCCUUGUCGAACUCGGGACUCAAGCGGUUUCUGAAGAGUUCCCCUUGAACCUGAGUGUUCCCAGCUACCAACCCUGAGAUCUGUGCAAAGGCGGAACGCCAUGUUUCUGCUCCCGUUUCUUUGUUUGCGAAAGAGCGUUGUUGUGUUUGACAGAGCCUUCAUUAUAUGAAGUGAAGUGGUACCUCGUGUCAUCUUUGGGUCCAAUAUGCGCUUCAAAACUUGAGGUUUUAUAUUUUAAUUUAUAGGUUGAGAAGUGACACGAAGUUUGCAGUAAUGGAAUUCCAGUUAAACUACGAGAUCUUAUUUUUCCUGAAACUUCUCCCCAUAAUCUUUUUAAUUGAGCAGGAUGAAGAAGAUGGCUAGAGAGGAAUGCAGAAUAUUUCUGAUGAAAGUAAUGUAAAUGUUGGAUACUAAAUGAACAGUGUAAUUCAUGGAGAUUAUAACGGGAAAUUCUUCAAGAAUUAAACUUAUGGUUAGAAGCAUUUUCACCUAUUACGCGAAUAAAAGCAUCAUCAAGCUCAUAGGGUGUUGCCGUAUUCAAGCUGUUCAACAAAUUUUGAACCAUUGAUGGUUCCUUUCGAGUUAAUUGAGAUACCAAUCGACUAAUCCGAGUUGAAAAAUUGAACAUUGAUGCAUCAAUCAAAUUCUCCCAUGAGAGGGAACAUGUUCUGUGAGAGGUGGUUUAAUAUUAUGUUUGAGACUGCUGAACCAAAACUUCGAGGCGUCUGGAAAUAUUUGAAUGAAAGUCAUGUGUAAAUGUGCGAGACGAGGAAAAUUCGCUGUUUUGUUUAUUUCUAUUUCAUUUAAUGUUUCUGGGACUAGUCACUCGCUUUUAUGUUUCUUUCCUGAUUGAUGUAUUACCCGAUUUGUGCCCAAGCUUCUGCAUUUUUUUGUGUAAUGAAGAUGAUUUUGAUGCGAUGAAA